CAAAUCACUCAAUCAAGAAGAUAUUUUUACCAGGGUAAUCAGUGCAAAUACUGAAUCAAGCACUGAUUGAUGUAUUUGAAACUUGCAACCUGCAAAUCAAGGUGGCGAACUGGCGAUCAUCUCGCGUAGAAGGCCUCAGAAUUGGAUACUUUCUCCUAUCAGUGUGGAAGGCCCUGUUCACUUACUCAAAAGCUCAAACUUUCGCAUGCAUGUACAAAACUAGAAUGAAUUAUUUAUUAUAGUUUAAUAUCGGGUUUACUUUUCUGUGGUGGAGGAUGGAAAACUUAAAAGGACCACCCCCGUGUGAAAAACAUUAUAUAACUCCCAUACAACACUUAAGAAGUGUACCCAGAGCGCUACAAUGGAAAAAACACCAACAAUUCCCGCCAUCAUCCUCUUCACUCUAACAAUCUCCAGCCUAUAUCCCAAAGCAUCAUCCCUCACACGAGAACAAGAGAAGCAAACCUUAUUACAAAUCAAGAACUUCUGGAGCAACCCUACAUCACUCCAAUCUUGGGAAGACAACAACAGGAGCACAACAACAACAGCACACUGCAACUGGUUUGGCAUCACCUGCUCAUCAUAUGAUUUCAUCACAGACAUCUCACUCCCCAACCAAAACAUCUAUGGCCCAAUUCCUGACUCUUUCUGCAACCUCACCAACCUAACCCACAUCGACCUCUACGACAACUACAUCUCCGGCCAAUUCCCAACAUCCUUGUACAACUGCUCAAAUCUCGAGUACCUUGACCUUGGCCAAAACCUCUUAGUUGGAACCAUCCCUUCCGAUAUCAAUCGCAUCUCUUCUUCCCUUGUAUAUCUCAGCCUCGAAGCUAACAACUUCAGUGGUGAUAUACCUCCAAGGAUAGGCCAACUUCCAAAUAUCCAGUCUCUUAUUCUCGAUAAUAACCUUUUCAACGGCUCGUUUCCGGCUGAGCUCGGACAACUCCACUCUCUCCAAACACUUUGGCUUGCCUACAAUCCGUUUACUCCAGCAACCAUUCCCCUGGAGUUUGGCAAACUCAAGAACCUUCGCUUUCUUUGGAUGACUCAAGCUAAUCUCAUCGGCAACAUCCCAGACUCUUUCUCCAAUCUCUCAGCUCUUCAGCAACUCGAUCUCGCUAGGAACAACCUCACUGGUCCGAUCCCGGCCAGCAUCUGGAUGCUGCCAAAUCUUGAGUACCUUUACUUGUAUGCCAACCAUCUCUCUGGUAAGAUUAAUGGCACAAUUGGAGCUCUUAACCUUGUGAACAUAGAUAUUGGAAUUAAUCAGCUUACAGGAACAAUACCUGAAGAUUUUGGAAAGCUCAACAGUUUGACAGGUCUUGGCAUUUACUUCAACAAAUUCUCUGGAGAGAUCCCAUCGAGUGUUAGUUUGCUUCCUUCAUUGACCAGCGUCCGGUUCUUCGAUAAUAAUCUCACUGGGGUUUUGUCACCAGAGUUUGGUAAACACUCGAAGCUGUGGGAAUUUGAUGUCAGUAAUAAUAGGAUCUCCGGUGAGCUUCCCGCUGGGCUUUGCGCCGGUGGGACUCUGACGUCGGUGGUUGCUUUUAAUAAUAAUCUCACCGGGAGGUUGCCGGACUUCCUCGAUCACUGCUUGACGUUGGAUAAUAUCCAGGUCUAUAACAAUUGGUUGACUGGCGAUGUCCCAUCCGGGCUGUGGUCAGCGCUGAACCUUACCACGGUCAUGAUGUAUAAUAACCAGCUUUCCGGCACUCUGCCGCAAAAGCUCUCGUGGAAUAUCUCCAUACUCAUGAUCGCCAACAACAGGUUUUCCGGCGAGAUACCAUCGAGGGCGGAGAAUCUCCUGGUCUUUGACGCGUCUUACAACCAGUUCUCCGGCGAAAUCCCGGUGAAUCUCACUGGCAUCUCAAGACUCCAGUUCUUGUCCCUCCAAGGGAACCGGAUCUCCAGAGGGAUCCCUCGAUCGAUCUCAGCACUGAGGAACAUCAGCAUACUCAAUUUGAGUUACAACGAGCUCUCCGGGGAGAUCCCCGUCGAGCUCGGGUCUCUGCCGGUGUUGAAGCUGCUGGACCUCUCCGGGAACCAGCUCACCGGCGAGAUCCCACCGGCGAUGGCGGAGCUUAAGCUGCCGUUCUUGAAUCUAUCCUCGAACAAGCUCUCGGGCGAGGUCCCGGCGGGAUUCCAAAAAAGCUUCUACGACGACAGCUUCAUUGCGAACCCCGACCUCUGCUCGCCAUCAACGGUUCUCAAUGUCAGAGAAUGCGGUCGCAAAUCCAACGGUCGAAAUCACACCUCAGUCGCUCUCAUCCUCCUCUUGGUUCUCGGGGGACUUGCCUUGCUCGGCAUGGUACUCUUCACUAUCGUGGUGGUGAUCAAGGACAGCAAGGGACGACGAAUAGUCGUUGGCCUUGAUCUCGGCCCAUGGAAACUGACAUCAUUCUUCCAGUCAUUGGAUUUCACUGCAGAACGAAUCUUAAAAGGCCUCACUGAUGAGAAUCUCAUCGGCAGCGGUGGCUGUGGGCAGGUGUAUAAGAUCAUCCUCGGGAAUUGUUCCGGAGAGAUCAUGGCCGUUAAGAAGAUCAGAAACAGCAAGAAGUUGGAUUUCAGACGGGAAAAGGAGUUCCGAGCGGAAGUCCAGAUUCUGGGAACUAUCCGGCACACCAACAUAUAUAGUGAAACUCAUUGCCUGCAUCUCUAAUGGUGAUUCUAUGUUACUUGUCUAUGAGUACAUGCACAAUAAGAGUCUAGACAGAUGGUUGCACGCUAAGUACAGGUCUGAUCAGUCCAAUAAAAAUGUCAAACUGGAUUGGCCUACUAGAUUAUCAAUAGC